AUGACGAAUCAAUACUUUCUAUUAGCAAUAAUAAUUCAUAUCAUUCCAAUUACAUAUUGUUUUGAAACAAUAUCAUCAGCAAUAAGUCAUCCUCGUUUAUUAAUUGUAUCACUUGAUGGAUUUCGUCAUGAUUAUUUAAAUACAUAUUCAUUUCAAACAUUAAAUCGUAUACAAAAUCAAGGUAUUAAAACAACAAAUGGAAUGCAACCAACAUUUGUAACAAUGACAUUUCCAAAUCAUAUAUCAAUUGCAACAGGAAUGUAUCAAGAAGAUCAUGGUAUUAUUCAUAAUCGAUUUUUUGAUACAAAACUUCAAAAAUUAGUUACAUUUGAUACUCAAGAUGAAGGACAAUGGUCCGAUCCUAGAGUUGAACCUAUAUGGAUCACGGCAACAAAACAAAAUAAAAAAUCUGCUGUAAUUUAUUGGCCAGCAUCUCAUAAUGCGUUUAAUGGUGUUCGUCCAUUUUUCUAUACUACGUCAUAUUCUGAUACUAUUUCGAUACGUGAAAAGAUAGAUAGUGCUAUUUCUUAUUUUCGUAAAAAUCGUAUUCAAUUAGCUAUGCUUUAUCAUUUUGAACCUGAUAAACAAGGUCAUACAUAUGGUCCUGAUUCAAACGAAACUCGUGAUGCACUUUUUCGUCUUGAUAAUGAUAUGAAUUAUUUAUUAAACAAAGUCAAAACUGAACUUAAUGAUGAUUUAAAUAUUAUUAUUCUAUCUGAUCAUGGAAUGACUAAUAUUGUACGAGUAAUUCAACCAUUUCGUGAAGGUUAUAUCAAUAGAUCAGCAGUUGAAGACAAUAUUCUUGAUGGUCCAAUAUUUAGUCUUACUCCUCGUUCAGGAGAAUUUGAACAAGUAUUCAAUGGUUUACGUGAUAUUCCUGGUGUUACAGUUUAUAAACGUGAUGAAUUUCCAGAAGAAUAUCAUUAUGCAAAAGCAAUCUAUCGACUUGGAGAAAUAAUUGUCGUACCUGAUAAUGAAGGCCUCUAUUUUUCGCAAUCAAUGAUGAAAAUACCUGCUCUAAAAGGUAAUCAUGGAUAUGAUAAUAAACUUCCAUCGAUGCAAGCUAUAUUUAUGGCACAAGGUCCAGAUUUUAAUCAACAUAUUGAAAUACAUUCACUGAAAAAUGUUGAUAUUUAUCAUAUAGCUUGCAAAAUUUUGCAUCUUAAAUCGAAUCCAUAUGCAACAGCUGGAUCACUCGACAAUUUAACUGAUAUUUUUCGUUUAAGAACAAAUAAAUGUUCUCAAUUAUUUAUAGACAUAUUAGUAUUAUUAUUAGCAUGGUUUUUUAUAUUUUAUCAUAGAAAUUUGAAUGAAAUAAGUUAG